AUCCAUCUUGUCUACACAUCUCUUCUCUACCAAACCACUUCUUCACUUACACCAAAACCCUCUUCGAAAUGCCCGAGACUACCACUCCCCAGGUUCCUGCCUCUCUCGGCGAGAACAGAGGUAUCAAGUUCUCCUUCAAGACUGGCAAUGCCCGUUACCAGUGCGUUCUUCAGGACCGCUCCGUCUAUGAGCGCAAGAAGGCUUCCCGCCAGAACUCUUCUGACUCUGUCUCCUCUACCGAGUCUACCCAGACUGAGAAGUCUUCCCACUAAAUCCGAGUUGGAAGAUUACGGGAUCAUGGCACCUUGGCCAAUAACAUCAACCCUCAAUCAAGCCUGUCUAUAACAAGGCUUCGAAGGGAGCAAUGGUGACCAAAGCAAACAAAAAUGGGGGGAGUUUAUUAUACCACAAUUAUCGAGCAUUAGCGACGGUUUUACAGAGACAUUUGGCGUCUCCAUGAAUCAAAACAAUCUUUUUUUUAUCGUUACCAUUUUUGAUUCUAUUGCUUAUUUUUGAAUGUAAAUCGCGUGCUGAUAUGAAUUGGAGCCAGUAUUUCACUCAACAUCAAGAAUUGACGUGUUAGUCUGAUCGCCCAGACAUCAGGAACAUUUUUCCAUC